GCCUGCUCCUUUUACGCACCUGCAAAAAACACCAGAGCGCAAAAGCGCAGAACGCAUGUGAGCAGCCUCCUCUGGAGCGAUGACAUUUCGGUGGAGAUGAAGUAACCAGCUUGGUUUGUCACAGAGCUGCUUGCAGUAACUGUAUAGCUCACCCACCCUGCGCGCAAUGGCACGGAGCGCUCCAACAGCUGGAGCUGGAGGCUGUCACCGGAUAAGUUUCAUGUCAGCUCGGACUAAGCGGCUCCAUGAUGGCAUCUGGUGAAUUCUCCACUGGGAAACGGUGACAUGUGUCCACUUUGCGUUUAAAGAGGGGGGCGCGCUCCGAAUACAGCACCAUUAAGGACUAUAAAUGUUAUAGGCCAGGCUGGGGGGUUUGGAGACAAAUGAGAGGGAAGAUGAAGUGCAAGGAGCAGAAAAUGGGACUACAGCCAACUGGACAUCUCAGGAAUGGUUUGCCAAGUAUCUCACCUCCCAUGUAACUGGGGAAAAGCCAUGGCAAUGUUUAGCAGUGCAGAGCGACUCUGGAACGAGUCGGACCGACCUGGCUGGGAUGAGAAGAAUGAGAGCUCGGACUCUUUGGGGGAGGAUGAGCGCAACUACUACGCCAUGCUGUACUCCCUGCUCAUCUUGGCCAUUGUGUUUGGGAACGUGUUGGUGUGCCUGGCUGUGCUGAGGGAGCGCUCUCUCCAGACCACAACAAACUACCUGGUGGUCAGCCUGGCUGUGGCUGACCUGCUGGUUGCCUCGCUGGUCAUGCCCUGGGCCGUAUACCUGGAGGUGGUUGGCGGCGCCUGGCUUUUCAGCAGACUCUACUGUAACAUCUUCGUCACGCUGGAUGUCAUGAUGUGCACUGCCAGUAUACUCAACCUGUGCGCUAUCAGCAUUGACAGGUACACAGCAGUGGUAAUGCCAGUCUUGUACAACACAACCCAUCGGUCGAGGAAAAGAGUCUUUGCCAUGAUUGCUACAGUGUGGGUCCUUGCUUUCGCAGUGUCCUGUCCCUUGCUGUUUGGCUUUAACACCACAGAUGAUCCUUUGGUGUGCUCUAUUUCAAACCCUGACUUUGUGAUAUACUCCUCCGUGGUGUCUUUCUACCUGCCGUUCAUCGUCACUCUGCUGGUAUAUAUCCGAAUCUACGUCUUCCUCAGGAUGAGGAGGAAAAGGAUCGCCUUCGGACAGGCAAGCGGAAAAGUUCAGCCUGGUUCCACUCAGCCUUCAAUGGAGACGUGUCUGCAGGAAGAAACUCCUAAGGGAAGACAAGACUUAUCACCUAUAAGGAUUAAAGUGCAGAGUGUUGAACCAUCAGGUCCAUCCAAGCCCAAUCUGCUCUCAGGCUUCCUGUGGGGCAAACGCCCAAAGACCGGACCAGUGGAGAACUCUGUGCUGCCCCCAGUGGACACACAAAACUACUGCAGCAUCAGCCAUGCCUCCUGUGGCCGCACUGACUUGGAUCUGGAGCAGGACCAAAGAGGGCAGGAUGCAGUGGACAAUGACCAGGAACACCCUCCUGUCAGGAUGGGGUGCGAGGUUAAGGAUCUGACAAAUGGUCGGACGCACACGUCGCUGCGGCCAAUGUCUCAUUCUUAUACCAGCCAACGAUUCAGGAGCAUGCACGCUCGGGAGAAAAAGGCAACUCAAAUGUUGGCCAUUGUGCUUGGGGUGUUCCUCAUCUGCUGGCUGCCUUUUUUUGUGACUCAUAUCCUGAAUACCCACUGCAGGACGUGCUACGUGCCUCCUGAACUUUACAGUGCUUUCACCUGGCUGGGAUAUGUAAACAGCGCCCUAAACCCUGUCAUCUAUACUACCUUCAACAUUGAGUUCAGAAGGGCCUUCAUCAAAAUCCUCAGCUGCUGAGACGAAUAAAAUCAUGUCAGGAGAUUAAAUUGGAGACCAUGCUGCGUGCUUGUGCAAUAUCUCAGGAUUUGCGUAUUUGGUAAACUGUGACCCCAGGAUAAACUUCAAUGGAGGAAAACAAACAGCUAUUAAAGGAUGCGGGAAGCAAUAAAUGUAUUUCAAAGCUUGGUUUUUAUUUUCAACAGUAUUAUUCCUCAUAAAAUACCUUAAUUGUUAUAUGCAGACUGUCUUGAAGAGCACAGUGUGUUCUCUUUUAUUUUAGGGGAUUUGUCUUGUAAAGUAUUCUGUAUUUACCUUUCAUCGGUACAGCUCCAUAGUUCAUGAUAUAAAUCUUUAAGCCUUUAGGAGCCAAAAUGGAGCCUUAAGGCUGAUAAAUGGAUAUAUGGGCCUGUUCAUCUAAAGGUCUUCUGAAUCCACAUCAUGUGGAUUAAGUAAUGUUACUCAACUCUCCCACUCAGCCCCUCCUUCAUCUCAAUGACCUUCAGGUACUCACCUGCGCAUGCACGGAUCGAAAUUCACUACUACUGUAUGUAUUAGAAAUGUGCCCAUAGGACAGCGCUGGUUCCUGCCAAGACACAAAGUCAUUUUGGAGAUUUUCAUAUGUGCAGCAGCCAUUGUGCUCAGUGUGGACUCAUUGAAAUAAAAAAAGGAAAAUUAAGUGUUAAAACCCUUUUUUUUUUUUUAUUAACUGUAUUUAUUUGCAAUCUCUUCAGCCUCUGCAGCAGGAGUGCAGACUAGGAGCAUUUUUGCCAUGGACAAAUUA